AUGUCCCCUAUCGAUAUCAGACCAGCCACUCCAGCAGAUGCUGGAUUAAUCGUCAAGUUUAUCAAAGAUUUGGCCGAAUACGAAAAGCUUGCCCAUGAAGCCGUAGUUACAGAAGAACUCAUCCUCAAAAACCUGUUUGGUGAACGUCCUUAUGCUGAAGUUAUUUUUGCCUAUUGCGCCAAGGCUCCUGGAGAAGAAAAGGUUCCUGCUGGAAUGGCUCUUUUCUUUCACAACUUUAGCACAUUCCUUGGAAAGCCAGGACUCUACCUUGAGGAUUUGUUCGUAAAGCCCGAGUUUCGUGGCCUUGGCGUUGGUAAACGUUUGUUAGUUCAACUUGCAGCAUUAGCAAAGGAGCGUGACUGUGGGCGCUACGAAUGGGUUGUAAUUGACUGGAACGAGCCAUCUCGCAAGUUUUACGAAGCUUUAGGAGCCGUUCCUCACCAAGAAUGGAUUAUUCACCGUGUUGAAGGCAAAUCCUUGGAUGAUCUUGCGGCCAUGUAAAAUAAUCUUAAUUUCCCCACAAAAGCCUUUAUUUAUUUAUAUAUUCUUUGAAAAAUCCUGGCACAAUUAUACUCUUUACAAGCAAUACUAUAUAUACAUAUAUACAUAAAAAUAUAACACGACACAAUAAAAAAAAAUGUAUAUCUUUGAUUCAAUGAAAUAGAUUAAUAAGUUUAUUAUAGAUUUUAUAUUAUAUUAUAUUAUUAUUAUAUUAUGGGAAUAAAAGUAUAUAUAUACACAAGCGAUUAAAUAAUCAGC